AUGCCUCCACAUCUCCACCCGAGGUCUCGAUCAACAACGGGCCUUUUCGCCGGUACUCUUCUCGCGUCUCUCCUGGUAGUCGGCAUACCACACGUCUUUCCCUGCCCCUCACCACGUCGCACAUUCGCCGACUCAGAAAUGACAAUCACAGCCGACGGGCAACAAGUUCCACGUGUUCGCCGACGUCGAAGGAAAGACACGGAGCUGGACUCUGAGAUCCCUCGACCUGCACACCCGGUAUCUUCCGGGUCCGAAGACGAGGAGGUAUCUACAUUUUUCCACAUGGAGGAAGAAGCGAAGAGAAUGGCACAAGUUGGACACGAAUGCCCAGUACCAAAGCCGAAGGGUGUUCUGGGUGACUUGUUGGGAUUCAAUGCCCGUGGAAACGAGAAGCAGCCCGUUUCAGUCAAUGGUGGUCAAUAG